CAGUCGCAUCUCGCUAUUCGUGCAGGGAGUUGUAUACGAGUCGCUUUCUGUAAUACGUAUACAAAGCAUAGCCUGAAGAAGAAAACGAUGCGCUAUUAUCAAAAAAUGAAAAACUGAAAGAGAAGAGUGAAAGAAAAAGAGGGAAGGGUGAAAGAAAGGGAAAAGAGAGAGAGCGGGAACAAGAGGAAGAGAAAAAGAGAAGAGCGUAAAGAGUCAAGCUUCUUGCCGACUUAACGUGAAAGACCGUGUAUCUUCAGUGCAUAGCGUAGAAACGCACGGUGUCUCUCGUAACCGGCAUAUCACGACGCGCGCACCGGCAAUCGCCUUUGUCUGUCCGCCACACUACGCAAAUUCCGAGUGACAAAUAUCGCUGAAUAUGUCAGACGACAAUUCACCUGUUGUUGAAGAACAGAAAAAAAAACGAGGUCGGCCAGCGAAAACAGAUAAGAAUACUGUUAAAGAACCAAAAAAGAGAGGAAGACCAACUUCAGAAAAAUAUAAUGCAGUACGUGCAACAAAAUCUGAUAAUGAGGAUGAUGCCCCACCAGGACCUGUUAAAAAGGGUAGAGGUCGACCGAAAGGUUCACAUAAGAAAAAACAAGGUCCACCAAAAGGCAUAACUCCUUCAGGUCGAGGACGUGGUAGACCAAAAAAAGUGGAAGAGAAACCUGAAAGUACUGGAGAAGAAGAAGAUGAACAGGAAGAGGAAGAAGAAGAGGAGGAAAAUUGAACAAUAUGAAAUCAUCUGUUUUAUCUAAAACAUUUUUGCUAAUUAUUCAAUCUUUGUGUUAAAAUUAUUUUUUAUAUUAUGCAAAUAUCAAAAAGUGAAUUUAGUGAGAAUGAUAAAUAAUUUCUUAAAAAGAAAGAUUUUGUAUAUUGAGAAUUAUUUGGGAUAUUAUAUAUUUGCAUAUUUCACAUUUGGGGAAGUGAUCAUAAAUUUAUAAAAUAUGUGAAAUAAUUUUAGUUCACUAAAAUACUUUUUGUAUUAGGUAUUAUUCUUUAAUUGCAAGAAAAUGUAAGUUCUAAUCGCGCCAAGUUUCCAUCAAAAUAUCUAUGUUUCAUAAAUUAAUUUAAAAUUCCUAGAUGCAUUUAAAAAUUUUGUAUUUUAUAAGGUAUAUUAUAUGGUCUUACUUGCAUCACUUUUCCACUACCUCCUCUACUUCUAUAUCUUAUGCUAUAAUUCUAUAACACAAGAUGAUGUACCAUUAUAAGAGAUAGAACACAAACAAGGGAAUAUUAGCAUUUUUGAAACAAGCAUAUGUGUGAAUGUCAAAUUUGUAUUAAAGUAAAUAAAUUCAUGAAAUACUCUUAUUA